GUCAGUCAUUCAGUCCACCCUCGUCCAUCGGUCAAAGAGACCGAUGAAGAUGCGGCUGGUCCUCCAGGGCUAGUUUCGACAUCGUCUUGGCUUUGGCUGUCAUAGUGUAAAGCGUGCGAAAGUUCCAUGCAAGUAGCAGCAGUGCAAAUAUAAAAACGUAUGUGUGGCCUCCACAAGGACAAUUAAUCCAACAAAAGCACAUCAGCGCAUCCCACACUGCAUUCAAGUCGUUCAUUCCUCAUUCACACUUCAAGCAAUGGCGACCUUCUCAAGCAAGACCUUCAACAGCGCGUUGUACCAGUCCUUCCGCCCUGGCUACAACUCCAACUUUUUCAAGGCGGUUUACAACUACCAUGCUAGGCACAGCGGCCAGUUCGACACCGCAGUUGAUGUCGGCACAGGCACUGGACAAGUCGCGUCUGUGUUGGCUGAGAAAUUCAAACAUGUGCACGGCGUCGAUGCCUCUGCAAAGAUGCUUGAUGCUGCCAUUCAAAAGCCUAACAUCACCUACCACGUCAGUAAGGGUGAAGAUCUCAGCGCCAUCCCCAGUUCCAGCGUCGAUGUUCUCACGGUCGCGCAAGCCCUGCAUUGGUUCGACCACCCAAAGUUCUUCUCCGAGGUCAAGCGUGUCCUUAAGCCCCACGGAACAUUUGCUGCCGUUGGCUACUCGUUCGUGCUCUUUGAAAAGCAUCCGAGGGCUAGCGAGAAAAUCUACCAGUUGGGCGAUGAGCCCGAUCAGUUGGGCACAUGCUGGGACCAUGGCCGAUUGAUUCUCGACAACCUCUACAAGAGUAUCGACGUGCCACUGCAGAACGUCGAACGACAUUAUUUCCCCAAAAAUGGGAACACACUGCCGCCCAUCAUGACCGAACAUGUUACGAUGAAACACUUUCGAAAUUAUAUCAAGACCUGGUCCGCUUACAAGAACUACUGCGAGAAACAUCCUGACCGUCCAGACAUCGUCGAUAAGACCAUCGAUGAAAUUAUGGCAGAGGAGAAUCUGAAGGACGAGGACGUGGUCGAUCUGACCUGGCCCACGGUUUUAAUCCUUGGAGAGAACGGUGUGUAGAUAUGCACUUCAUUUUCAAUCGACUACCUUUUCUUUUUAUUGUUGUACGAUGAUCGGCUUCAAGUUUGGGACGCUAUCCGUCCCACAAAGCUCUCUUGAGCUAUUUUUUUUUUUUUUUUUUUUUUUUU